AAAUUGCGCUUUAGGAUUCCUCGCGCUCUUGGCGCCAGCUAGCUUUGGGAGUAGUCGAAGGCAACGGGAUUUAUAGAGUCCAAUGCGGCGGGGAAGCGAGCUUUCGCUCUCCGACGGCUGGGAGAAUGGCUUGGGGGAAGGCGGAAGGGGCCGUCGCGAUUUGGGUCGUUUUGGUUUGCAUCUGGACUUGCGAUCCGAAUCCGAGCUUCGCUUUUGGCGCUACCGAUCCCAACGACGCUUCUGCUCUCUAUGUGCUGUUCAGAAGUUUGAAUUCAGCACCACAGCUAUCAGGCUGGAAGCAAAGUGGCGAUCCAUGCGGGGAAUCAUGGCUGGGAAUUACAUGCUCUGGCUCAUCAGUGACAGCUGUAAAAUUGUCAAGUUUGGGUCUAUCUGGAACACUGGGCUAUAAUAUGAACCAAAUGGCUUCACUGGAGGAGCUGGAUAUGAACCAAAAUAAUCUAGGAAAUGGUAAUUUGAUACCUUAUAACCUCCCGCCAAACCUUCUUAGAUUAGAUCUUAGCAAUAAUCAAUUUGGUGGAAGCAUACCCUAUUCAGUUUCUCAUAUGGCCAAAUUGGAGCUUCUAAAUCUUGCUCACAACCAACUCAGUGGGCGUCUGGAUGAUAUUUUUCAAGGCCUCUCCAAACUCACAACAAUGGACCUGUCUUACAAUUCUCUUAAUGGCACCCUUCCACAAAGCUUCAGGAGCCUGACAAGUUUGACAAACUUAUAUUUGGAGAACAAUCAAUUCACUGGUACUAUAAAUGUCCUUGCCAAUCUUACCCUUCAGAGUUUGAAUGUUGCAAAUAACCACUUCAAUGGAUCCAUUCCUAACCGGUUAAAGGGGAUUAAUAACCUUCAGACUGAUAAUAAUGACUGGAGCUCUGGGACAGAUAGUUCAUCUCAACCAAAUCAAUCUCCAUCUGCUCAAAACUCCAAUACUGGCCAUGGUAGCGGUGUAGGUGUAGAGGGAAUAGCAGGAAGUGUUGCAGGUGUCUUCUUCAUUGGUGGAUUAAUUGCAUUGUUUAUAAUUUGGAGAAAGAGAAGAAAAAAUUCGAUUGAAGAAAAUCUUGGUCAAGACCGGCUAUAUGCUCAUCUAGAUUCAGAUAGAGUUAAAGUUUAUGUUGCAGAGAAGGAGAUGAAUAGAACAUCCUCAAUAUUUGACAUAGAAAAGUUGCCAUCACUUCCUCCACCAAGUCUUAAACCUCAUCACUAUGAAUCAUUUGAUGAAGAUGAUUGCUCAAGCAAACUUAUCACAAAGAAGGUGGACGUAACAAGUAUCAAAUCAACUAUUUAUUCUGUGGCUGACUUGCAAAUAGCUACAGAUAGCUUCAGCGAAGACAAUCUUAUUGGCGAAGGCACCUUUGGUCGUGUUUUCAAGGCAGAGUUUGAUGAUGGAAAGAUUUUGGCUGUGAAGAAACUAAAUCCAAAGUCCCUGCCGAGCAAAUCAACUGGCGACUUCAUUGAUCUAGUCACAAAUAUUUCUCUUUUGCGCCAUACAAAUUUGACAGAGCUGGUAGGUUACUGUUCUGAGUAUGGACAGAGAAUGUUGGUGUAUGAUUUUCACAAGAAUGGUUCGCUGUAUGAACUCCUCCAUCUCUCAGACGAACCACUGUCAUGGAAUGCUCGGAUCAAAAUUGCACUCGGUGCUGCUCGGGCUUUAGAGUAUCUGCAUGAGGUUUGCUCGCCCUCUGUUCUCCACAAAAAUUUCAAGUCAUCUAACAUUCUGUUGGACACAGAAUUCAAUCCACAUCUUUCAGAUUGUGGAUUUGAAAAUCUUAUUCCCAAUACAGAGAUUCAGGCAGGUGAACAGGACAUGGGCCUCGAUGCACCUGAGAGCUCCAUGUCUGGUCAGUACACUUUAAAGAGUGAUGUUUAUCGCUUUGGAGUCGUCAUGUUGGAGCUCAUGACAGGGAGGAAGCCAUUUGACAGCACAAGACCGCGAUCUGAGCAGUACUUGGUUAGAUGGGCAACUCCUCAACUACAUGACAUAGAGGCAUUGGAUAUGAUGGUCGAUCCAGUUCUCAAGGGGUCAUACUCUCCGAAAUCACUAUCUCGAUUCGCUGAUGUAAUUGCUCUUUGUGUUCAGCCUGAGCCAGAAUUUAGACCACCGAUGUCGGAGGUUGUGCAAGCUUUGGUUCGUCUAGUCCAAAGGGCGAAUUUGAGCAUAAAAAUGGGCAGGGAAGAUGGCGUAGGAACUAGCAGGAGAGCCGAUGACUUUGAAUGAUUAUUUGAGGUAAUCGUGCAGCGAAGUUGAAACACACACCGUCUUCCUAAUGCUGGAACAUACCGUCUUUUUCUACCCUGUGGCUCAAAUGCCUAUCAUUUCUCAAACACAUCAUAUUGCCUGACUUCAGAUAAUUUUUCUGUGUGAUUAAUAGGUUAACAAAUGGUCAGUGAUUAGUAGAUUGUUGUUCGCCAUCGAAGAGUUUGACGGUAUCGUGUAUCAAAUAAAUAAAAAUGGCCUUGGAUGCGGCUGAAGCAGACCUGUGUGAUUUAUAUUGAGAAUAAAUGUUUUGAAUAGACAGAGUUCCUCUAUUCAAAAGGCAGAGUUCCUCUAUUCAA